ACUGGUAGAUUUGCGCGCUCAACUCCAGUCACUUACCGUAGACCGGUACUGAAGAAUCCAUCACCUCCAACCGACGAUUUAAUCUCUACAUUAGAAAAUAAUUUUAUAUUCGGUCAACGUUUUUUUACUGAAAAAAUGCGUGAAGUAAUUUCCGUGCACGUCGGCCAAGCUGGUGUUCAAAUAGGCAAUGCCUGUUGGGAGUUGUAUUGUUUAGAACACGGCUUAAAGAAAGAUGGUUAUUUCAACGAGGAAUAUUUGAAAGAAAAGAAAGUUAAUGAUGAUAGCUUCAACACUUUCUUCUCAUCCACCGGUUCCGGGAAACACGUCCCCAGAUCUGUUUUUGUGGAUCUUGAACCAACGGUCGUAGAUUCAGUAAGGGUGGGUCCUUAUCGUGAACUGUACCAUCCAGAGCAGUUGAUAACCGGAAAGGAAGAUGCAGCCAACAAUUACGCUCGUGGUCAUUACACCAUCGGGAAAGAGCUCAUCGAUCAGGUAUCUGAUAGGAUUCGCAAACUUGCGGAUCAAUGUCAAGGACUCCAGGGUUUCCUGAUCUUCCACUCUUUCGGAGGAGGGACCGGUUCCGGUUUUACUUCCCUUUUGAUGGAAAGGUUGUCAGUGGAUUACGGAAAGAAGAGCAAACUGGAAUUUGCCGUUUACCCGGCGCCUCAGGUCUCAACUGCUGUGGUGGAGCCCUACAAUUCGAUCCUUACCACGCACACCACCCUUGAACACUCCGAUUGCGCCUUUAUGGUAGACAAUGAAGCAAUCUACGAUAUCUGCUUGAAGAAUUUGGAUAUCCCUAGACCAGGAUACUUGAAUCUCAACAGACUCAUCAGUCAGAUCGUUUCAUCUACGACCGCAUCUUUGAGAUUCGAUGGAGCCAUGAACGUCGAUCUUACGGAAUUCCAAACGAAUUUAGUUCCUUAUCCACGUAUACAUUUCCCAUUGGUGACUUAUGCACCAAUCAUUUCAGCAGCGAAAGCCUACCACGAACAAAUCUCAGUAGCCGAAAUCACAAACGCGUGCUUCGAACCCAACAACCAGAUGGUGAAAUGUGAUCCUCGUCGAGGAAAGUACAUGGCUUGCUGCAUGCUGUACAGAGGAGACGUCGUUCCGAAAGAUGUGAACGCGGCCAUCGGGACAAUUAAAACUCGAAGAACCAUUCAAUUUGUCGAUUGGUGUCCAACCGGAUUUAAAGUUGGUAUUAACUAUCAACCACCCACCGUAGUACCUGGAGGAGAUUUGGCAAAAGUACAAAGAGCCGUAUGUAUGUUAUCAAAUACCACAGCAAUUGCAGACGCUUGGGCCAGGUUGAACCACAAGUUCGAUUUGAUGUAUGCCAAAAGGGCUUUUGUCCAUUGGUACGUGGGAGAGGGCAUGGAAGAAGGAGAAUUCUCCGAGGCUCGCGAAGAUUUGGCCGCUUUGGAGAAGGAUUACGAAGAAGUUGGCGCCGAUUCAGGUGGCGACGAGGAAGAUUCAUUGGGGGAAGACCAGUAUUAAAUUUAAAAUAAUGCUCAUGAAAUUUACUGUUUACCAUAUUUUAUUAUUGUUUCUUUUUAAUUUGUUGCAUGCUAAUUCCAAUUUAAUUAAAACAUAAUAAUUAUACUUUAAAAGAAAUUCAAUUGCUUGUAAUUAAGGCAUACAAGAGAUGCACCACUUUAGUGAUAUUGAAAAUAUAGUAAAAACAAAAUAUUAAUAGCUUUUAGGUUUGUUUUUAAAUUUACUGUUUGUAUAUUUUAUGAUUGUUAGUUGUUUAUUUUUUUUACGCACAUUGCAUACCAUUCAGGAGAUAGAAUAUAAAUAAAUAUAGCAGAUAAGAAAACUAAAA